AUGUCAGCAAACAAGAAACCUGUGAACAAUGUUGUUCGUUUACCGUUCUCUCAUGAUCCGAAAGGUGAAUAUACUCCCGAUAAUAUUCAAAGUGCUCAAAAACCACUUGCUAUGGUCAAUAAUUUAUACACCGACAGAAGUGGUCAUAUGAGUUGUGGAGUGUGGAGCUGUACUCGCGGAAAGUGGUGGUUUGAUCAAGGCGAUAAUGCUGAAGAGUUUUGCGUAUUAAUUAGCGGAAAAGUUAGAAUGGUUGCGGAUGGAAUUGAUGAAUUGGACGGGGGUGUUCAAGAAUUCCAAGCCGGAGACGCAUUCAUCAUUCCUGUUGGUUUCCGAGGAACUUGGGAAACAGUGGAAGACGUGAAAAAGUUUUAUUGUGUUUUUGAAAAACAAGUGGCAAACUCCAGCGUGCAACCACACCCAACAAGUAACAAUACAGAACAAAAUCAACACGACAGCAAACUCUAA